AUGGUCAGUGGAAUCACAUAUAGCCUGCUUGUAAAUAAAGACAUCAGCAGGAUUCUUGAGGAAUACAGGAAGGAGAUAGAGAAGCUGAAGACUGCCCUCGAGAAUGAGAAAUGCAAAAACAAGCAGGCGCUCAAGAAGUUUGCGACUGACCUAAGUCUAUUUAGAGCCACAGCUAAAAAAGAGCAAACCAAAGUCGUGGAGGAUCUGUCUUCCAGGCACGAGCAGGAGAAAACCCUGGAAGUACGGAACCUGAAGGAGGCUUUUGCAAAGGAACGCGAGGCUGAAAUCCGACAGCUGUUGCGGUGGAAAGGCAACGAGCUGAAGGAGGUCGGGGUUUCUCUUGGAAAAGAACGGGAUAUUGCCAUCAAGCAUGCCAGAGAGCUACAGCGCCAGCUGGCUGAGGAACUGGUGAGCCAGGGCAGUCCCUGCAAAGUAGUGGGCAAGAAAGCAACCAAUGAUCCGGGCUGCCAGAGCAACAGGGAUGCCUACCGUAAACUAGAACAGCUCCUUCUGAAACUGAGAUGGGAGACGGAUGGAGAGCAGGCUGCAGUCAUCCGAUGCCUGAAGGCAGAGCUGGAUUUAGAGAAAAACCUGUUCCUGAAACACUUGCUUGAGACCCACAGCUGGACUUUCGAGGAGAACAAAGCAAUCCGACGCAGGUAUUCUGGAGAAUCAUUAAACGGCUUGGCUUUUGUGCCAGGAUCACCAGAGUGCUCCUCCAGAGCUACCAGAACAAAAAGCAUUUCUCCAGAGAAGAAGCCAUCUAAGAGAGACUCGGGCACUUCUAGAGGGUCUUUUUGCUCAUCCCCUGGGAAGGAGUCAUUUUGUAACAACCUGUCCCCAGAGAAAUGUACCUCAACACCAAGAUCCCACCGGUGGACUCCAAGAGGUGACCAGGCCUUCUUCAGACGCAGCUGCUCCACAGGGGUGGUAACUUCAGGAGGGCCUUCCCCGUCUAAAUGCUUGCUUUUUGACAUGGACUGGAUGAAUGGCACAGACUAUGGGUAUUUGGUGAGGCAGAAUUCAGAAUUGCUGCGUGCCCUGGAUGAGCUGGAAAGGACCUGUGCUUCUCUGCGUCAGGAAAAUGUGUUAUUGCGCAAAAGCAGCUCCCCUGAAACAGAAGAGAAGGUGAAGAGGCUGAAACGGAAGAAUGCCGAGCUGGCCGUCAUCGCCAAGCGCUUAGAGGAGAGGGCUCGGAAACUACAAGAGGCCAACCUCAAAGUGGCGAACACACCUGUGCCACUGAAGGGAUCCGGUGUAGAGCAGUACAAGAAGGCGUUUGCCAGGCAGCGUGCCCAUGACCUGGCAGAGCAAGCAGAGGCCCUCCUUGCCAAAGAUAAGGAGAUUGAA